UUUUAUGUGUAAUGUAGGAAGUGAUCAGCCAGUUUCAUCAGGCCUGCCGUUGUUUAAUGGUCGUUUACUUACAGUUGUUUUCUGACUUGCUGGCAAAAUAUUUUUUCGUUGGCCGACGGAAAAACUGUUUCUGAAUUCCGAGUGUGAUAAAAAUGCAAAUUAAGGGAGCUGUGUUUUGGGGAUUUGCGGUAUUGUCCAUAACUCUGGAGAAAGAUGUUUCCGGUGGUUCUGUUCCUCAACUAACCAACCCGUCACUGUCAUGUAGGAAUUUUGAGACAUUUCUUUAUUGGAACUACAGCGACACCUCUCUAAAACCAACAUUCACUGUGGAGGUGGCACAGUAUACCUCGAACGUUACUAAUUCUGUUGAGAAUAUCCCACAUCGUUAUUGCAAUGUCUCCUUCUUCGUCGAUGAUAUUGAAGAACAUUAUUAUUUGACCAUAAAAGCUUUUGCCGGAGAGGAACAUAUCACCCUUUCUCUCCAAAGGUUUUCUUUAAAGGAUAUCUGCAUGUUAGAUUUUCCCCAUGUGAAUCUGACAACUAAAGGAAGAACAGUCAAGACACUAUUUGAACAUCCUUUUUUUUUGUACAAAAAAAAGAACCCAUCUCUGAAACGAAAAUUCAGCAUUGACUAUGAGUAUACGGUUGAAUACAGGAAGAAAGAUGAGCCAGAUCAGACAUCCUCAAAACAUUUUACAUGCAAGAAGAGAGAAUGUGAAAGCGAUUUUUUGUUGCCAAAAGAUGAAGAUUAUUGCCUGUCAUUUAGUGGCAGCAUGUCUGGGAUACAAGUAAUCAGCACAGAUGAAAGCUGCACAGGAAACCAUCCCAAACAAAAACCUCUGGAUAAAUACAUGAUUAUCAUCCUAACAGUUAUUGUCUGUGUGAUUGCUAUUGGUUCCAGUCUCACUGGGCUUGUCUGUAGCAUAAUGUGGAAGAAGAACAUUCCUUUGCCAAGCUCUUUGGCCUCAAUGCUGACAGGAAUGAAACCCUACAUGAGCGUAAAAAAAGAGGACAGCACCUUUUCUGUUGCAAAACAUGUCGAAACCCCAAAUCAGGUAGUGGAAGAGGAGAACAGGGUGAUGGAACAAAUAAAAAACCUUGCUCCUGAACAUGAAACCCCCCGCUUUAAAAUAGGGUUAAAUAAUAUUGACAGAGAUGACAUCAUCAUCCAACCAGAAGUCUGUGACCUUGUCUUGAACGUCAGCCUCAGUGACCAGACUGAUGUGAAGGAAAAUACAGAGCUUUUAACCAACGAACCGGACAACAAAUCGGAAAACAGCUUCUCAACGUGGCCUAGUUGCAUUUCUGGAUAUGACAAGCCUCAUGUUUUAGUAGAGAUGAGCACCGAUGAUACGGUUCAGGGAUAUAGGCCUACACAACUGGACUGAGACCAUAAGAGUGAUUGGAUUAGAUUUAUCUGAAUGUUUAUUAUGUGUUGGCCAAGGAGCAAAAGCACUAGUCGCUAGGAUCACGAAAAACAUUCUUUAGAUGAGAUAGUUAAAACAUAUGUAAAACUUUUAAGCAAUUAAACCCAUUUCCAAACCCCUUGAACUUAUUAGUACACAAACAUACUUCCCACAAUGAGUAGCUCGAUGUGCAUUGUUUUUUUAUUCAUUUUGCAUGGUUGAUGGGUACGGGUUAGGUCGAGUUCCUUUUGUUAACCCUUUCGUGCACAAUGUCCUCAUUUGAGGACAGAUACAAAAUUGUGUUUUUCUUCAUUCACAAAUGUAUCUUUUCUGCUAUUCUCGUUCUUUGUGCUUACUCACAACCUCAGAAAGCGGUUUUCUGCCCCCUUGUGUUUAACAUGCCUCAUUGCUUUCCAGGAUGUGUAUUAGCUAUUCAGUUGCCAUUGUUUUGUACGUAAGCUUGUGAUGCUGGUAUUGUGUCAUAAAUCAAACAGCUUUCCAUACAACACAGUCUUCAAUUUGAAUUACGAGUAACAAACGUAUUCAUAUGUGUCCUCGUUUACAAACAUUGCGCGAUAGUGGGUAUAAAUACAUGAAGCCUGGAAGCUAUACGCUUUUGUUUGUGGUCUCCAUCAUAAUUAUUAUAUGCACGAAAAUUGUGAAUAGGUAUUAAAUUGUCAGGGAAAUAUGGUAAUGCCAUGUAUUUUAAAUAUUAAACAUUUUGUAAAUCACCUGGAGAUGCUGUACACUGGGUGGCCACUUUGUUAGGAAAUAACUGUGUUUAGUGCAGAGGUGUCAAACAUACGGCCCCUGGAGUGAUGUCAUCCGGGCCAUAGAAUAUUAUUUUUUUAUUCACUAGAAUACAGGUAAAAAAAAAAAAAUAGUGCUGGGACAAACAUAAAAGAACUGACGUUUUUUUACAUCUAUUCAAAGGCAAACAACAAAUGUCUGUAUCCGUCAGAAAUUAUUUUAUCUGUGUGAUUUGGGGAGCAUUAGGGGCGUUCCCCUGGUGCGCUCUGACUGUCAGCUGAGAUCAGCCCGUGCGUUGCUGUUCACUCUUAUUUGCUAAAUAAAAUAGCUUUCUGUUUUGGAAGAUACAAGUUGCAGGCUUGGAUUCUUACCACCGCUACAGCCGGGGUCCAUUUCUGUCUGCAAUACUAUGAUACAGGUCAUACUUGCAAAACUUGUAUAUUAAAUCAACGUUUUAAUUUUCUUUCAUGAUGCAGUCCUAGCAAUCCUAAAAACAGUGAGUAAAUAUUGUUUAUAUUCUACAACACCGUCAUUUUAAUGUCUGUUUUAUUUGAAGUGUUUAUUCAAGUUAAAAACCAAUGUUAUUACUUUAUAAAAUUGCAUUUAUGACUACUUUCACUUUGUUUAUUGCCAAGACGCAAGGGCAGUGAUUUUUUUUUUUUUUAAAUGUGUUUUUACUUGAAAUAGACACAAAAUUUAACUAC